AUGCCGUUCACUCUGCAGAGCGUGGCGGUCGUGCUGCGGAACGAGCGCGGCGCCGACGCCCUGGAGCAGGCGGGGCCGCUCAUCUCGCAGUGCAUCGGGCCGUCGCAGCACCUGUCGCUCAGCGCCGCCUGCAGCUUCCGCUCCACGACGCUGCUGGACUGGAUCUGGGCCUGCAGCUGUCCGACGCAGCACGACUCGCCUGCUUCCUCCGGCCGCACUGGCGGCUGGACGCUCGCCCGCUUCCUACGCUGCGACGAGUUCUACAACCGCUGGCAGUUCGUGGAGGCCACGCACGUGGUCGUGGAGCACGGGGACAUGGAGCUGCUGCAGUGGCUCUUCGACCACUUCCAGGACACUGUGGUGCCGUGUAUGGUCGUGGCGCUCGCGUUCCUGGUCGCCAACACCAACACGAGUCGAGGCAUCAAGGUUGAGUGGUACCCCACAGUCGUCCAAGUCGCGCUGCAGCUCAAGCAGCUUGAAACGGCGCACUGGUUACACCACUACACACCGCUCGGUACCAUGACGGAGCAAGUGCGCGACUGGACCAUCAAGGCUGCCAUGGACGUCGGAGACAUGGCUUUUUGCGAGUCCCUGCUACCCAAGGGCAGGUGCAUCUUGGACUACGCCGACUUCUGCGCCACGCCUGCCAUGAUCGAGUGGAAGCUGGACUGCGGCUACUUCCAGCGAGACUGGGCCGGCGCCGUCGUGCAAUUCAUGACCUGGUCGGCUCCGACCGCCUCGACCUCAUCCGCCGCAUCUCCGACCAGCAUGGCCCGCCCCCGCAGCAUCUGGACUGGCCACGGCAACGUGGACGUCAUGAAGUUUAUGGUGGGCCACCCUACAGGACAGCAAAUCAUCAACGAGAUGGGCCGCAGCAGAGCGCUAUCGGGUCUCAUGUAUCUGCCUGCUGCCAAGGGUAACAUCGAGGCGUUGCAGUUUCUGAAGGAUGAAGACGCUGACGGACCAUUCGAGCAAGCGAUGGUCAAUGCCAUCAGCAACGGACAGUUGGAGGCCGUCAAGUGGCUGCCGGGGCGCUACCCGCGACCGAGCAAGAUCCCCGAGUACUGUUUCAUGGACGAAGCUGCGAGGCGGGGACGUGUCGAUAUGCUUCAGCUGUUCGAAAGCCUGGAGCCGUCGAACAUUCCUGGGCUAUUCACUCCUGCUUCUCCUCCACCACUAGUUGAGGUGGAAGAAAACAAUCGCAGCGCUCGAGUAUUUGUGGAAGCCUCAGAUCGUCAUCGGAAGACCACCCCGAAGCUGAAUAGAUAUCGGUAUCUGUGGUUAGCAACGGACCCCAUGGACGAUGCAGCCGCAAACGGGCAACUGAACGCGGUGGAGUGGCUGCACGAGAACCGCACGGAAGGAUGCACCACUGCUGCGUUGGAUGCGGCUGCGGCCAACGGAUAUCUGGCUGUGGUGAAGUGGUUGCAUGCCAAUCGGAGUGAAGGCUGUACUUCCAAUGCAAUGGACUUUGCAGCGGAGGGAGGCCACCUCACGAUUGUAAAGUGGUUCCAUGCCAACACCACGGCUGGGUGUACGACGGAUACGAUGGAUCUGGCUGCUGCUGGGGGGCACUUGAAGACGCUGGAGUGGCUGGCUACAAACCGAUCGGAAGGCUGUACCGCCCAGGCGAUCCAGAGAGCGGUAAGCAACGGUCACCUUGGUAUUGCAUCUUGGCUGAUGCGGCGAUUUACCGAGUUCAACCCUGCAAGCUUCAGUCCGCUUGUCUCGAAGAACAAGUUCGAGGUGCUGCUAUUCCUACAUGUGCACCAUCCGGAGACUUUCACGCCCGACUUCGUGCGAAGCGCCCGCCUGCCUAUUACGGGACGACCGACGCCAAGCGAUGUCCAGAUCCAAGCCUGGUUGAAGCUACACUACCCCGUGCCAGAGAUCCCCCAGGAUCAAGGCGGUCGCGCCCAAGGACUUGCAGGUAGAAUUGCUGAAAAUAUUGCGCAGCAGAUCGCGAGGCAACUGGGCGGUGACUUUCAGCUAAUCCCUAUUCAGCAACCGGGUGCACAAGGCCCUGCGGCGGCCAACAACGCCCUGGCGAUGGUGAUGAACAAUAUCAUGGUGAGGGUGGAGCAUGGUGACGGCAAUGAAGACAUCUUUUGA